ACAGCUGCUGCGAAAGUAAAGAGUGAGAUCAAGACAGAAGAAGGGGAGAAAGAGAACAAUCCCAAGCCCAAAACCAAGACCUCUAACCCCAAACCCCCCCGCGCGAAGAAGCCUCGAGCCGUCGUGAAAACCGAGCCUCCGGAGAAUUGGGAAGAGAUAUACUCUCUCGUGCAAGAGAUGCGAGCUUCGAAGCUCGCCCCCGUCGACACAAUGGGCUGCGAAACCCUCGCCGACCCCACCGUCCCGCCCCGCGAUCAGCGCUUCCAGACCCUCAUCGCCCUCAUGCUAUCCUCGCAAACUAAAGACACCGUCACCUCGGUCGCAAUGAAGAAUCUACAGGGUAACCUCCCUGGUGGCUUCAACCUCGAAUCCAUCCUCGCCGUCGAACCCGAUAGCCUCAAUGACUUGAUCGGAAAAGUGGGGUUCCACAACCUCAAAACCAAGUACAUCAAAAACACCGCCGAGAUCCUGAAAGAGAAAUGGGCCAGCGAUAUCCCGGAUACGAUACCCGGGCUCGUGAGUUUACCAGGUGUCGGGCCUAAGAUGGCGUAUCUGUGCCUCUCUGCCGCCUGGGGACGGACGGACGGGAUUGGGGUGGAUGUUCAUGUGCACCGUAUCACGAAUCUGUGGGGGUGGCAUAAGACGAAUAACCCCGAAGAGACGAGAGCGUGUUUGGAGGCGUGGUUGCCAAAGGAGAAGUGGCAUGAGAUUAAUACGCUGUUGGUUGGGUUUGGGCAGACGGUGUGUUUGCCGGUGGGGAGGAAGUGUGGGGAGUGUACGCUUGCGGAGAAGGGGCUGUGUAAGAGUGCG